AUGGAUGCUCAAGAACAAUCCGUCUAUAACUACUCUCAGCAGAUGGAAUCAACUGAUCAAACACCCAUUUCUACUCAACAAACAACUACAACUACUGGUGUCGUUUCAACCUCAAUCUACAGAGAACCACACAUUCUUGACCGUGAACCUCACGUUCAUCUUGCCACGCCAUUUGAGAAGCUUGAGGUACUGUGUGAAUCACUGGUAGAUUUUGACAAUAUGAAGCGAAAUGGCAUAGAACUCACUAAGGAGUUAAUAAUGCAAGGGUGGGAAACCUACUUUCAGAGACUCUACGGUCAUGUGUACACCUAUCUGCUACCUGAGCAUCCACCAAAUUUGAUGAAGAGACAACGGGAGCCAUCUGAGAAGUCCAAGAAGGCAAAGAAGGAAAAGUUGGAAGAAACUUCUGGGUCAAGACCUCCAGUCCCUCUAGCUGAUUCUCCAAAAGUCACCUCUCCACCCCCUGAACAACAAAAUCCACCUCCAUCUGAUCAACCUCAAACACCACCCCCUGAACAACAAACAAAUCCACCAUCUGAACAACCACAAACACCCCCUCCUGAACAACCAGCACCUUCACCCUCUGAACAUCAACCUAGUCCACCACUUGAACAAACAACACCACCUCCCUCUGAUAUUCCCCCGCUACCAACCUCUGAAGCUAUCAUCACUCCUACUCAAAAUCCCGCUGACACCAAUCCAAAUCCACCAUCCUCCCCAUCCUCUAUCCCUGAACCAGAAACUGCCUUCCCCAUAUUAGAAGAAGCAAUAACUUUAUUUGCAGAGUCUUUAGUGGAGAAGAUCAAGUCUCUAGAUGCUGGAAUAAGGCCACAGGCUCGCUUGGCCAGAGAGGCUAAGGAAAAGGCCAGGAAGGAAGCAGAAGAGAAAGCUCUCCUGGAAGAAGAGCAACGAAUCAUAGAAGUUGAACAGAAGGGUGUUGUUGCGGAUGCUGCUGAGGCUGAGGCAAAAGUAAAAGUCGAAGCUGAAGAGGCAGCACACAUUGCUGCAGAGGAAGCUGCAAAGGCCAGUGUUGAUGCUCUGACUCAGGGGGAGCAAUCUAACUCUGGUUUCGCCCCUCUGGUCUUGAAAACUCUGGAGGAACUACAAAAGGAACAACAAGUUGUGAGAGCAAGGUUGGACCAUCAGGACUCCGUCAACAACAACAUUCAGAACCUGCUGACUUAA